CUCCAAAACUACGUCGUUUUAUCCCUUAACCUCCGACCAAAUUACCAAUUAGGGUUUCAAAGAGGAAAAUAAUUAGUGGGUUUUUUUUUUCCAGUUUACUGCAAUUCAAAGCAACGGUAGUAAUAAGAGUGAUAUAGUAUUUGGGGAGAUAUAGCUUCGAGUGCAAUUCACGGACCCACACUUCUUCAUACUUCAAAAUUCCCAAAUCAAAUCACUCACUCUCUCUCUCACUUCAUUUCAUAAUUAGGAAUCUUUUUUUGAAGAAAUGGCUCCUCCUAGGAACCAGAACAAAGCGCCUCUUCCUUCUAGUCCUUCCAAUAGUAAACACGGGACAGAUGAAAUUGCAGUAGAUAAGAAGAGGAAGAUUGCUAAUCCUAGAAUGCCGACUGCAGCUACUGGUGGUAGGCCAACUAGGCAAGCAUUUGCAGUGGUGAAUGCAGCUCCAGAUCUGGCUCCAGCCAGUGGACCACCAAGUACUGCUGGUUCAGACAGCCCUGCAUUUGAUUUUACAAAAGAGGAUGUUGAAGCUUUACUCGCGGAGAAAUUGAAAACUAAGAAUAAGUUUAACACUAAGGAAAAGUGUGAUCUCAUGUCUGAAUAUAUACGAAGACUUAAGCUUUGCAUCAAGUGGUUCCAGCAGCUUGAAGAAAACAAUGUCACACAACAGGCAUCACUUAAAAGCUUGUUAGAAUCAGCAGAAAAGAAAUGCAACGAAAUGGAGGUGCUAAUGAAAGCCAAAGAGGAAGAGUUGAAUUCAAUCAUAAUGGAGUUGAGGAAAACAAUUGAUGCACUGCAAGAAAAGUGUGCAAAAGAGGAGUCAGCCAAAUUGGAAGCGAUGGAUUCUUUUAGUAGAGAGAAAGAGGCUAGAGAUGCGGCAGAGAAACUGCAAUCCUCAGUUUCUGAAGAGCUCAAGAGAUCUCAACAAGACAAUUCAAGUGCAAACCAAAAGAUUCAAUCACUAAAUGAAAUGUACAAGCGGUUACAGGAGUACAACACAAGCUUACAACAGUACAACAGUAAGCUCCAGUCUGAACUUGCUUCAACAAAUGAGACAUUGAAGCGUGUGGAAAAGGAGAAAGCAGCAGUUUUUGAAAAUCUCAGCACUCUCAGAGGUCAUUACACUUCUUUGCAGGAACAGCUCUCUUCUUCUAGAGCUGUUCAAGAUGAGGCUGUCAAACAAAAAGAAACUUUAGCAAAUGAAGUUGGAUGUUUGCGGGGAGAUUUACAGAAGAUGAGGGAUGAUCGUGAUCAACAGUUAUAUCAAGUCCAGAUUCUAAAUGCUGAAUUACUAAAAUAUAAGGAAUGUAAUGGGAAAUCUGUUGCUGAGUUAGAGGUCAUGUCAAUGAGGGCAAACGAACUGGAGGCAAGCUGUCAGUCUCAAUCUGAACAAAUAAACAGAUUGCAAGAGAAACUUACUUUUGCAGAGAAGAGAUUAGAGAUGUCCGACAUGUCAGCACUUGAAACCAGAACAGAAUACGAGGAGCAGAAGAAAGUAAUUUUUGAUUUGCAUCAGCGUCUUGCUGAUGCAGAAACAAAAGUUGUGGAAGGAGAGAAACUUCGGAAAAAAUUGCACAAUACCAUCCUGGAAUUGAAAGGCAACAUACGAGUUUUCUGUAGAGUGAGACCUUUAUUAUCUGAAGAUGGUGUUGGUGCGGAAGCAAAUGUUAUCUCUUUUCCAACCUCAAUGGAAGCACAAGGGAGAAGCAUUGACUUGGCACAAAAUGGACAAAAGCAUUCCUUCACAUUUGACAAAGUUUUCACGCCCGAGGCUUCACAAGAAGAUGUUUUUGUUGAGAUUUCUCAGCUUGUACAGAGUGCUCUUGAUGGUUAUAAGGUUUGCAUAUUUGCUUAUGGUCAAACUGGUUCCGGCAAGACACAUACAAUGAUGGGCAACCCAGAAAGUUCAGAGAAUAAAGGACUAAUACCCCGCACUUUAGAACAGGUAUUUGAGACACGACAGUCUCUUCAAGCACAAGGGUGGAAAUAUGAAAUGCAGGUGUCAAUGCUUGAAAUAUACAACGAGACUAUUCGUGACCUUUUGUCAGGUUUUGAUGCAUCCAGACCAGAAAAUGGCGGAAAGCAAUAUACAAUCAAACAUGAUGCAAAUGGCCAUACCCAUGUCUCUGACCUGACAGUUGUAGAUGUUCAAAGUAGUAACAAGGUUUCUUCACUUUUAAGGAGGGCAGCACAAACCAGGUCGGUCGGCAAGACUCAGAUGAAUGAAAACUCCUCAAGAAGUCAUUUCGUUUUCACUUUGAGAAUUUCGGGUGUUAAUGAGAGCACAGAGCAACAAGUACAAGGCGUACUCAAUUUGAUUGAUCUUGCUGGCAGUGAGCGUCUAUCUAAGAGUGGGUCUACUGGAGAUCGGUUGAAAGAAACUCAGGCUAUCAACAAGAGUUUAUCGUCUUUAAGUGAUGUUAUAUUUGCUCUUGCUAAAAAAGAGGAGCAUGUACCAUUCAGGAACUCAAAGCUUACCUACCUUCUCCAGCCCUGUCUAGGUGGUGACUCGAAGACGUUGAUGUUUGUUAAUGUAUCACCAGAUCCUUCUUCUACUGGUGAGUCCCUGUGUUCACUCCGGUUUGCAGCAAGGGUUAACGCCUGUGAGAUUGGGAUUCCAAGACGCCAAACAAGCAUGCGUUCAUCAGAUUCUCGCUUAAGCAUUGGCUAAAUUUUUCAUUUUUUUUUAUAGAACACUCGUUCUAGUUUUAGGAACCGCGUGUGGCCUGUAUUUCUUCUAUAUGAUUGGCAUAUGAUUUUUAACAGAAGUAAAACACACCCUCUAACCGAAUCCACCUUCGAUUUGUAUAGUGUGGGGAGAGAAUACUGCCUUAUGUAUCUUGUAAUAGCGAAGGGCCUUUCUCUUCGAAACAUUUAUCUCAAGUGCUGUAACUUUUCAUUUUUACAACUUAAUCUCAGUUUGUUGUAACCUUUA